AUGUCCGGUGAAGACAAGAUCGUGCCCACGCCGGCCCAGCCCGAAAGGGUGAACUCGGGCAGCGAGCACCUGAAGCCGCUCUCGAAUGUUGGCGAUGUCCUCCAGUCCAGAGGCGUCACGCGCAUGGAAGCCGUGUACCGCGAGGCCAAGUCGGACCGCAGGACGCUCUGGCUCGUUGGCAUCUCGGUGCUGGUCUGCGCGUGGGCGUACUCGCUCGACUCGUCGACGACGUCCUACUACAGCGUCAGCGCGUCGUCCUUCUAUGAGCAGCACAGCUCCGUGCUCUCAACGCUUUCCAUUGCGACCAACAUCAUCAGCGCUGUCUCGAAGCCGUUCAUCGCCAAGUUCUCCGACAUUACGAGCCGUCCGUACACGUAUAUCCUGUGUAUCUUCUUCUACACCUGCGGAUACAUCAUCGCCGCUUGCUCGCGCACCAUCUCGGCCUAUAUCGUCGGAGAAGUCUUUGUCUCCAUUGGAAGCUCUGGCCUUGAUCUCACCAACGAUAUUAUCGUGGCUGAUCUGACCCCGUUGGAGUGGCGAGGGUUUACCAGUUCGAUGCUGUCCACCCCCUUCAUCAUCAACACGUGGUUCGCCGGCAAGAUUGUUGCCGCCAUCGAGAAAAAGGAAGAAGGCUGGCGCUGGGGUUACGGAAUGUUUGCCAUCAUCAUGCCCGUUGCUUUGGGACCUGCCGUCGCCACUCUCAUCUAUCUUGAUCGCCAAGCCAAGAAGCACGGCAUCGUGAACAUUGCUUCGAGCAAUGCUGCUCGCCGGGCCGCCAGGGAGAUGGCCGAGGAGCAUGGUGAAGAGGGGCCCCACGGUGUCAUCGUUACUCGUGCCGCUGAUGAGUCCCAGUCGUGGACCGAAAAGCUCAAGCAGAACCUGGAGGAGAUUGAUGCGUUCGGCUUGUUGCUGCUUGGCUUCGGCUGGUCACUGCUCCUGUUGCCGUUCUCGCUCAAGACCUACGCCGAGAAUGGAUGGCGUAACCCAUCUCUCAUUGCCAUGAUGAUCGUCGGUGGCUUGCUGCUCAUCGCCUAUGUUGUUUACGAGAUGAAGUGGGCUCGUGUGCCGAGUGCCCCUCGUCGGCUUGUCUUUAACAGGACUUUCAUCAUGGCGAUUAUCAUCGAUGGGUUCUAUAUGCUUGCUGGAAACAUUCGUGGGCUGUACUUUUCCUCGUACACUCUUAUCGCCAAGGACUGGACUUACCAGAACUGGGUGUACUACGGCAACACACUGACAUUGGCUCUCUGCAUCGCAGGUCCCUUAGUCGGUCUGGCCCAGCGAUGGACUCAUCGAUACAGGGCGAUCCAAAUCGCAGGUCUCUGCGUCAAGAUUGUCGGUAUGGGCAUCUUGCUUGAUGGAAGACAGGCCACCAACAGUACCGGCGCCCUCGUCAUGUCCAUGAUCCUGAUCGGUUUCGGCGGUUCAAUGUCCGUCGUCGGCUCGCGUGUUGCCUCCCAGGCUUCUGUCCCUCACCAGGACGUCGCGCUCGUCAUCUCACUCCUCUCGCUGUGGUCCAAGAUUGGCAGCGCCGUUGGUAGUGCCAUUGUCGCCGUCAUCUGGUCCAGCAACAUGCCGAACCAGCUCCGUGAGCACCUCCCUGCGUCUGCCAACGAGACAACAGUCCAGACGCUCUUCAGCAGUGUCAAGUCGAUCCGUACGCUCUACGAAUUCGACGACCCGAUGCGCCAGGGCGCCAUUGUCGCAUACCGCCACACGCUGUACUACUGCCUCGCACCAGCGCUGGGGCUCGCUUUCAUCCCGCUCAUCGCUGCCUUUUUCCAGACCAACUUCUUCCUGGGCAAGCAGCAGAAUGCGGUAACGAACGUAGGCAACGACGGCUUAGCGCUGGAGGAGAAGGACCGCAACCCAGAGCCACUCCCACCGGCCAAGAACAAGAAGGAGGCGUUCCUGAGGUUCUGGGCUGGUGAGCGAUAA